GGGAGGCGGAGCGGCGGCGGCGGCCUGCGGAGGGUGUCCGGGCGCCCCAGGGCCGACCGCGACCUCCCGCCCCCCCCGUCACGGGGCGCGGGUCCCGCGCGCCCCUGGUCGCGCAGGCGGUCCUCGUCCUCCUCCGGGCGGUCGCGGAGCGGGCACGGCGGCGGCGGAGCGGCGACACCGGCGCCAGGUCAGCUGGAAUACCGCUCCAGUCACAUGUGGAAGGAUUGUGUCAGGAAACCACCAACUUCUGUUUGUUCUGGUGGACAAACAGCUCAGUUGCUGCGAUGGCUGCGCUUCUCGGAGUUGCGCUGUUUGUCUCGCAGGCCCCAGCACAGGGGCACCUGUACCUUCUGAAUGUCUGACUGGUUCCCGCUGUUGGACACAAUGGUUUUGGAUGACCUACCAAACCUGGGAGAUACAUGUGCCUCCUUGUACUCCUUGGCUAUGGAAGACUUAGAGGUGGAUUUGGAUUCAGGAGUGGAGGAAGACGAACUGAAACAGGAGGUUGCUCCUGAAGAUUCCACGAUCUUUGUAGCUUUUAAAGGAGAUAUAGGGGAUAGAGACUUUGAACAGAAACUGAGUGUUAUAUUGGAGAAUGUACCUGGCCUUCUACAUAUGGAAUCCAACAAGUUAAAGCUGCAGAAAAUAGAGCCUUGGAACAGCGUACGUGUCACCUUCAACAUACCCCGUGAAGCAGCAGAGCGGCUGCGCAUUCUGGCUCAGAAUAAUAACCAACAGCUUCGUGAUUUGGGGAUUCUCUCUGUUCAGAUUGAAGGGGAAGGUGCUAUCAAUUUAGCUUUAGCUCAAAACAGAAGCCAAGAUGUCCGAAUCAAUGGGCCCCUGGGAGCGAACAACUCAGUACGAAUGGAAACUGGAUUUCCCAUGCAAGGGGGACAAGGUUUAAUAAGAAUGAGCAAUGCUGCAGCUGUUAUGAUGUCCCAGAGUGGAAGUGUGCCGUCCUCUAUGGUGGCAGGUGGUGCUAGUACAGAGCUGCAGCCAAGAGCACCUCGACCUUCCUCACAGCCAGAUGCAAUGGACCCACUUUUAUCUGGGCUAAAUAUCCAGCAGCAAAAUCAUCCAUCUGGAUCUUUAGCUCCGCAACUCCAUUCAAUGCAAUCAGUUCCUGUAAACAGGCAAAUGAACUCAGCCAACUUUCAGCAACUACAGCAACAAACACAGUUGCAGACACGUCCUCCCCAGCCACAUCAGCAGCCACAGCAGGGUAUUCGACCUUCGUUUACUUCACCAGCACAGGUUCCAGUUCCCCCUGGCUGGAACCAGCUUCCUUCAGGAGCACUUCAGCCUCCUCCAACCCAGGGGGCACUGGGUACAUUGACAGUAAACCAGGGUUGGAAAAAGGCCCCAUUACCUGGACAAAUGCAGCAGCAACUUCAAGCAAGACCAUCUCUAGCCACAGUACAAACUCCUACUCAUCCUCCACCUCCAUAUCCUUUCGGAAGCCAGCAAGCUUCCCAGGCUCACUCAAACUUUCCCCAAAUGAGCAAUCCUGGCCAGUUUACUGCUCCUCAAAUGAAAAGCCUUCAGGGAGGGCCCUCACGCGUUCCUACACCACUACAACAACCCCACUUGACCAACAAGUCUCCUGCUUCCUCUCCCUCCUCCUUCCAGCAGGGAUCUCCUGCAUCAUCUCCAACAGUUAACCAGACGCAGCAGCAGAUGGGACCAAGGCCUCCCCAAAGUAGCACGCUUCCCCAGGGAUUUCAGCAGACUGUCAGUUCUCCUAGUCGUAAUCCUAUGGUGCAACAGGGGAAUGUACCCCCCAACUUCAUGGUGAUGCAGCAGCAAAACCAAGGUCCACAAGGUUUACACCCUGGCUUAGGAGGAAUGCCCAAGCGCCUCCCUCCAGGGUUCCCUGCAGGCCAGGCUAACCAGAGCUUCAUGCAAGGUCAGGUGCCUUCCACGGCACCGGGAACACCGGUGAACAGCGGAGCUCCACAGCUACAAACCAGCCAAAAUGUGCAGCACACAGGUGGCCAAGGAUCUGGGCCUCCUCAAAAUCAGAUGCAAGCACCACAUGGCCCACCAAAUAUGAUGCAGACCAAUUUAAUGGGACUUCAUGGAAAUAUGAACAACCAGCAGGCUGGUGCUAGUGGAGUGCCACAAGUUAACAUGAGCAACAUACAGGGACAGCCUCAACAAGGACCACAGUCUCAGCUAAUGGGAAUGCAUCAGCAAAUUGUAUCCUCUCAAGGGCAGAUGGUAAAUAUUCAGGCUCAGGGAUCGAUGAACCCUCAGAACCAGAUGAUACUUUCUCGAAGUCAGCUCAUGCCACAAGGCCAAAUGAUGGUAACGCCACAAAGUCAAAAUCUUGGUCCUUCACCACAAAGGAUGACCCCACCCAAACAGAUGAUCUCCCAGCAGGGACAACAGAUGAUGUCUACACACAAUCAGAUGAUGGGACCUCAAGGUCAGGUCUUGUUACAGCCAAAUUCAAUGAUGGAACAGAUGAUGACCACUCAAAUGCAAGGAAAUAAACAACCUUUUAAUACUCAAAACCAGUCCAGUGUUAUGUCGGGGCCAGCUCAACUGAUGAGAGGACCAACCCCAAACAUGCAAGGAAACAUGGUGCAGUUCAGUGGGCAGAUGAUGGCUCAGCAAGGCCCUGUGAAUGGUAACCCUUCUCAGGUGAUGGGAAUACAAGGGCAAGUUUUAAGACCUACUGGGCCUGGCCCCCAUAUGUCUCAGCAACUUGGGGAUACUACUACUGCAACAAAUAAUGAUGUGAACAUGACACAGAUGCUACCCGAUGUUCCCGUACAACAGUCAAACAUGGUGCCUUCCCAUAUGCAAGCAAUGCAAGGAAACAACAGUUCUUCAGGGAGUCAUUUCUCUGGCCACGGGCUGCCGUUCAAUUCUGGGUUUAGUGGAACGCCAAAUGGGAAUCAGAUUUCUUGUGGGCAAAAUCCCGGUUUUCCUGUCAAUAAAGAUGUCACACUCACAAGUCCGCUCUUGGUUAACCUCCUACAAAGUGAUAUAUCAGCAGGACACUUUGGUGUGAACAACAAACCAAAUAGUCAGAAUGCCAGUAAGCCGAAAAAGAAGAAGCCUCCAAGGAAGAAGAAAACUAAUCAGCAACUGGAACAAACAAACUCUUCAGAACCGCGUCCAGGUGGCCUGGAGGAGAGCGAUCAGUCAUCAACGUCUGGAGAUCAAGGAAUCAACUUGGACAACUCAGGCCCUAAACUUUCAGACUUCGGAAGCAGGCCACCAGGUUAUCCUUCUCAGCCGGUGGAACAAAGACCACUUCAGCAGAUGCCACCUCAACUCAUGCCACAUACACAGCAGCCACAGCAGCAGCUGCAACAGCAGCCACAGCUGCCACCACAGCAAGCUCAGGCGCCACCACAAACACCACAGCAACAGCAGCAAAUGAUGAUGAUGCUUAUGAUGCAGCAGGAUUCCAAAUCAGUCAGGCUUCCUGUACCACAAGGAAUUCAUCCACCUCGAGGGCCUCUGAAUCCAGAUGCCCAACGAAUGCCCAUGCAGCAGAGUGGUAACAUGCCAGUAAUGGUCAAUCUACAAGGUCCUGGAUCUGUGCCUCUGUCUCCUGAUAAACAGAGAAUUUCCUUGCCAGGCAAUCCUCCUUUGGGAAAUAAUGCAAGAAAAAUGGUUUAUCAAGAUAAUGUACAGAAUCCUUCCAGCUCACCUCUGGGAGAGGUUUCAUCAGUAUCUUCCCUUCCAGAAGGAGGUGGAACUGAAGGCCCCCCAGCAUCAGGAGCUCAGAAUAAUUUGACAUCUCAUUUAGUAGUUUCACAGAACCAAUUAAUGAUGACGGGAGCCAAACCUGGACCAUCCCCACUUUCAUCCACCCAAGGCGCAAGUCCUCAACAGCAAUCUAAUUCUUUGCCUGGCUCUCUUGCACACCAUUUUCCUAAUGUCGCUACCCCAUCACAAACUUCAAGGCCUAAAACCCCAAACAGAGCAAGCCCAAGGCCAUACUAUCCUCAGACUCCUAAUAACCGCCCACCUAGCACAGAACCCUCAGAAAUAAGCCUGUCUCCCGAGAGACUCAAUGCUUCUAUAGCUGGUCUUUUCCCUCCCCAAAUUAAUAUUCCUUUGCCUCCCAGGCCUAAUCUCAGUAGAGGAUUUGAUCAGCAGGGUCUUAAUCCUACUACUUUGAAGGCUAUUGGACAAGCCCCAUCAAAUCUCACAAUUAACAAUCAGUCUAGUUUUGCUGCUCCCCAGUCACACAAAUUGGAAAGUGUUGUUAAUUCAGGAAAGCAAACCAAUGCUGGAGGAACAAAGAGGGCAAGUCCAAGCAAUAGUCGAAGGUCCAGUCCUGGAUCCAGCAGGAAAACAACACCAAGUCCGGGUAGACAGAAUUCAAAAGCAGCAAAAUUAUCUUUGACUACUCCACAGAAUCCAUCUCUCUUGCAGAAUGUAGAUAUGCAAAGGAAUAUAAUGGUUGGUCCUGCUUCUUUGCCAACACCUGUUACUACAAGUUUUCAAAAUAAUAACAUGCUAAGUAAUCAGAGUCCUUCAGUUUCUGCACCUGCUAUGACUGGCAUUCCUGAAGACAAUAAAGAAAGCCUUGGUGUUUCUCAAGAUAAUGAAUGUCAAAGUGCACAAAUUGUCCAAGGUAACAAAGACCAGCCCAGCAUUGAACUAAAAGGUAUCCCUACUCCAGAAAUAAAAAUGUUGGUUCCAGAGGAGCAGUCAAAAAAAGAUGGGCAGGCCUUAGAUGUGGGUAAGCUUCCAGUUUUGGAGGAAAGUAAAACCAUGGUAUCUCCAGCUAUGAGGGAAGCACCAACUUCUUUAAGUCAACUUCUUGAUAAUUCUGGAGCUCCUAAUAUAACCAUUAAGCCCCCAGGACUGACUGGUCUUGAAAUGGCACCAGUAGUCACCACUGUGGAGGAGAUAAAAAAGGUAGCUGUCAUUCCUCCACUGCAAGAUACAUCCUCUAGCAAAGAGCCAUCUAAUUCACUUAGUUUGCCUCAAAGUAAUGAGCCCUGUUCAAAUCCAGGGCAUCAGGAACCGGGAGAAAUAAACUCAAAUGUUACGCAGAGUGUUCCUCCAGUAAUGCAAAGGCCUGUCACUUCUUCUAUUUCAGCUCCGUUACCACCCAACCAGAUAACAGUUUUUGUAACUUCAAACCCUAUUACAUCUUCUGCUAAUACAUCAGCACCCUUGCCAUCUCACUUGCAACCUGCAUUAGUGUCUACUGUUGUCACAAUGCCUAACGUCGGAAACAAAGUUAUGGUUUCUGAGGGACAGUCGGCAGCUCAGUCUAAUGCACGGCCACAGUUCAUUACACCUGUUUUUAUAAACUCUUCCUCAAUAAUUCAGGUUAUGAAAGGCUCUCAACCAAGUACGAUUCCCACAGCCCCGAUGACAUCCAACUCCAGCCUAAUGCCUCAGUCAGUCGCGGUUGUGGGCCCUUUACAUAUACCACAGAACAUCAAGUUCUCCUCUGCACCUGCUCCUCCUACCACAUCCUCUAGCAGUCCUGCUCCUAGUAUUCCCACGAGCAGGCCACUCGUUCUUAAUCCCUUGGCACCCUCUGUUCAGCUGCCUUCUCCUGCUACUACUACUUCAAAUGUUCCUUCACAUCUUCCUGCUCAGCCAGCAAAAGACUCAAGCCCUGAAGAAGCUGCUUCUCAGGGCAGUGGGUCAAGCGACCAGUGCCCCGUUACAGCCACACAGCCUGGACCUGUGGUUUCACCUCUUCUUACCAGUAGUCCAGGACCUGGGAACAGACGAAGUCCUGUUUCUUCUAGUAAAGGAAAGGGAAAAGUAGACAAAAUUGGCCAACUCUUGCUGACAAAAGCAUGCAAGAAAGUCACUGGCUCCCUUGAGAAAGGAGAAGAACAGUACACCUUGGAUGGAGAAGCAGAAGGUCAGGGGCUGGAAACAUCAGUCCCAAGUGGCUUGGGAACAGAGCAAUCACCAGCAGAACUAGACAAUAAAACUGUAACACCUCCAGCACCCAGUCUUACAAAACAGAGCACUUCUGGGCCUGGCAAUGUGAGCAUUAGCACUGCUGCUGCUGUUUCUGCUUCUGUAUCUCCAAGCUUAUCAACAAGCACUCCUCCUACAAGUGCACUGUCAGCUGUAACCACUCCAGCAAUUCCAGAGCUUGCACCUGCAACACCAAGCACAAAUGGCAGUAACCAUGGCAGCUUACCGGCUGAGCAGACUGGGGGUGGCUUGGUGGAGGACAAAACAGGAACACGUCAGGAACUGCUACAAAAUACAGUUCAUGAUCACACCCAAGGGAAGACUGGAAGGCAUUUGCGUGACAGCAUCUUCUCAACAUUUAACGCAGAAAAAAAGUUCAGUUGCCACAUCAGAAAGUACUGUUCAAAGAACAGAACUUGAAACAAAUGCUCCAGUAGUUGCUGGUCAAAGACUUCAGUAAUGGUGGCACCUGUGGAAAACAGAGCAGACAAUUUAUAGUGCAUCUAAUUUCUUGAUCUUCUAAUGUUGAAAAUAUUUUCUUUGAGGACUUCUCAAUUCUGUAUCCUCUGAUAAUUUUUAAUAGAAAUGGACUAUACUCUGGCUUACUCAGGUCAUUCUUCAUCUGAUAAAACUUCUGGUAUCUCUAGCAUUUCAUAUCUUCAAUGCUAAUAGUCCGGAACUGGUACCUGUGUCGGUCCAUCCUUCAGCUUGUCUGAGUUGCAUAGAAAACCGUAAUUCUUCUUACACUUCAUCAGAAAUAUUUUGUCCCACUUUAUUAGUAAUGAGACAAAAGAGAAUUGUGAAAAGUCUAAAACUCCAAGUAGAAGAAAUUCAAGAACAGAGGAUUCUGCCGCUUCACAGGAAACUGUAGAGAAUGGACAGCGCAAGAGGUCCUCCAGACCAGCAUCUGCAUCCAGCACUGCAAAAGGUAAAAUGCACAGCCGUCAUUUCUGUGGACAGGGCAGGAAGUAAGGUGCUUCCCAAAAUAACCCUUUUGAUAACUGGCUCGUAAGUGUGGUUGGUUUACAGUUUGUAACUGUUGUGUGCUUUUAACUCUAGUUUCUAUGGUUUUAGACACAGGUCGGUGUUCACGUGUUUACCUAAAUCUGUACUGGCGGUGAAUCUUGUAUGGAUUUCUUAUUGUUACAUUUGUGGAACAGGUUUUCUGCAGUACUAAUUAACAUAGUAAUCAGCAAGCUUGCCUAGUUGAAGUUGAAUUCUCCUUACAGAAAUGUGUCAUUAGUGGACUGUACUCGAGUUAAAAAGCAUCGCUUUUUUUUUUUUUUUAACUGAAAUCUGAAAGACAUGAGAAAAAUACUUAAGUCAUUCCAAGCACACGGUCAACUUUUCCAAAUGCCUGUGUGCAGGCACACAGAGUGCUGCCCGGCCGGCAGCCUGCGGGCACACAGGAGUGCACACCCCCGGGUAUCCUUCCCAGGAGCACCCCAAACCCCAAAGUCACAGGCGUCAGCUCCUGGCGCUGGCAGUUACCACGUGCCUUACUUCCAUAUGGGCUGCAGUCUUGCACAAAGUACACAGCAGUUGUGAGGUGUGCACAUUUGUUACCAGGAUGCACAGACCACGGUGCUGCUCUGCAAUUCUGAAGGUAAUGGUGCCAGCUCUUUACGUGUGAGGGUCAGAGCAGAUCUGAUGGACACAAGUUGUGUGAGAGGGUAGAGGGACCAACGCGAGGAAACGUUCAACCAGUAUUUUAAUGAUAACUUGCAGAGCACAGAGGUAUUAAUACAUCAUAAUUAUAAAAAGAAGUCAAGUUGAAUUCAGCAACCAUUUUCCAUAUUGAAGAUACCAAAGUUUGCUGGUAAGAGUAUUUGCAUUUAUAAGAGUUUGAGAGACUUCCAGCUGUAUGUAACCGUGCAAUGACACGUGGAGGGCCCUCUGUGUUCUAUAGUUCUGUGCCUGCUGAAUUUAAUUGGAGUUCCCUCUUGUAGCAGGGCUGUGCAGGUCUGUAUUGUAACACUACGUUAUCUUUCACAAUGUGAAGAAAAGGUUGAAAAAUGUGAAGCAAAUGUAAAAUGAUUGGGUGAUACCUUGGGGAGCUCGAGGCUGUCUGAAGUGUGCUGUAAUGAGUGAACCUAAAGAUGACAACCAGUGGCACUUCAAAUUCUGAAAAUACGGGAACGCGAAAGAACAUUAAAUUUAAAGAAUAGCAGCACUCAUGUAUGGGCUUUGUACCGACUGUGUCAUUUGUUCACCUCUGUAAGUAAAGUUGUUUUUGAAACCUGUAUGUGGAAAUACUGCAGUUCUGAGGGCUCUCCAGCAGCCCAGCCUGCUGCGCACUGCUCCCUGCCAUUGCCUUAUCUCCGUGCAAGCCGUUGCCUACUGCAGAGCUUUGGAGAAAACAGGGCGCUUCUGUGGAAGGGCAGAGUAUGAAGGAUAAGUGAGAUAGAGUGUGAAAGGCGAGAAGUGGUGUACCACGCGUGCCUACUCUGUUCUGUGCAUUUAUUAGUGACACACUGCUUAAGGAAGCCUGUAUGCUUUGUACAUGGCCUCCACCUGGAUGUGUGUGAUCUGUGUCCCAAGAAACUUGUUAAUCCAUCUUAAGGAGAGUGAAGAGUUGUGAGGAAAAAAACAACGAAACUUUUGAAAUGAAGGCUGAUUAAGGCCGUUAUAUAAAAAAGUAGCACUUAGGAAAAACUUCAGCACAGCAGGGAGAGAAAAGGGGUUUGGGACCAGGUGCUGCGAAUGAGCCAUGGGGUAUUGGGAAGGAUAGGCCAGGAUAGGCUCUGCUGGAGGAGCAGCAGAAGGCAGCAGGGAGCAGCUGCUGGAAGUCAGCGCUCUGUUCACCAGGGUAUGGUCCCACUUCUGGAAGCUGAUACUGUGCUGGGGUUUGCAGCUGUUAGAAUGCCCUACCAGGAAGGGCUGCCUCACUGUUUACUGUAGCUUUGGGUUUGUGAAACUUGGAAAAGUGGAUAUUUUUGUAAUACAGAGUUUAAUAGCCAUGGAGUUGUCACUGUUUUUCUAGUUUGAGAGGUCUUGGGGUGUGUUUUCCCUUUUGACUCUCAGAUGCACACGGCCAUAGCAGCUACUGGAAAAUACUGUAAAGAGCCAAAGACACAUCGCCAUGUUUCCAAUUGCAUUUUUAAAACAUCUGAAGAUGCAGAUGUCCUUAGUCCUCACUCAGUGCUCUUUUCUUUGUGUUCUGAAAUGGAAACGUAGUGCCUUGUAAGUGCACUGAAAACGCCACCUGGUUUCACUGUAGCCUCUGCGAGUGCUUCUGUUGCUCUGCUGAAGUACCGUGCAUUGUAUCCUUCUGCAUAGGCUGUUUUUCUGUGACUCACGAUGUGCACUGAAGAGACUUGUUUUCUAAUGCCCUGGUUCUCCGAGGACUGGGACAGCAAGGUUCCCAAGGCGUGUGGAUGGCCCAGAACACGGCCUAGGUUUCCUGACAGUGCCAUCUCCAAGUCCUGUGCUUGGAUCUAAUUCCUGCAGCCUGUGCGCAGAGCGGUGCCCUGCUGCGUUCUGUGGCUGAGUAAGAUGUGAGGUGUGUGUGGAACCAAAGAAAGUUAGAGAGCAGCUUAAAGUAACGACUGCUGUUUGUAAGGCCGUGCCAUUGCACCCAGGACUGCCAUAGAAGCUGCUGGGCGCUCUGUUGCCGCAGUGCUGGCGGUGCUCAGCGCGCAGCCCGCGCUGUGUGUUGUGAGGGUCAUCCCUGAUCCCUCCCCGCUGUGACUUUAGAGUGGUAAGAGGGCAGUCUGUGCGCCUCACGUGAAUGGUUACCGACUGAGUAUCCAUGCUUCUUUUCUUCUCUUGAUUUCAGAAACGAGUGCCAGUGCAAUGCAGUCAAAAAGAAGAAAAUCCAAGUAAAUUACUGCAUGGAAACAUGAAACUUGUAAAUGAGUGUGAAUUUACCGAUAGCGAUUUUGAGCUGUGAUUUUUCUUUUUUAAAUAAAAUUCUGUACAGUAAGUCAUUUUAAUAUUAUACUGUUCCCAAUAAAUGAUUUUUUUCUAAAAAACAGAUAAAUAGAUAUAAAAACUGAAUUCUUUUUAAAACCCCCUGGAUUUAGAGAGUGAAGUCCAGGGUUAGCACAUGAGGUUAAUGUGUUUGUAAGAAAUGGAAGGGGAGGGGAGACGAUUGUAAAUGUAUUUGUUUCCACUUUUCAUAAACAAAUUAGAAUACAGGGUUGUCAUUUUUAGGUAUUAAAAUAACGUAUUGUGCUGUUGUUUAAGUACUGUAUGUGAAUAGCAGUAAGAGGGUUAUAAGCAGACCCGGUUUUGUUUGGAAAUGUAAAUAAUUUUAUUAUAUAGUAGAUCUGAUGUAUUUGUUGUAGAAAUGGACCAGUGAAACAAAAAUGACUUUAUGGGUUUGUAUAAUGUGGAAUCCCUCAUGCUCUAAAUAAAUGUUAUUGUCCUAUAA